AUGGUCGAAGCGCGUCGCAGGGAGGACGAGAAGCGUGGAAAGAAGCUGGCAGCAGAACGCGAAAAAGACAUCCAGGGCGGCAAGGAAGCCGUUGACUCCAAGUACAAGGCUCUGGAGUAUCUGCUUAGUCAAAGCAAGUUGUACUCGGCAAUUAUGCUUGAGCAGAUGACAAAGCAAGAACAAGCAGAUGAAGCGAAGGAAGAGAAAAGCAAGAAACGUGCGCUCAAGCGAGAGGAGACCGCGGAAAAAGUCGCACAGGAAAGCCAGAAACGAGCGACGCGAACAGCAGCAGCAGCAACGGAGGGGGAAAAAGAGAAUGAAUCGCCUAAGAAACAACUUCCAAAACGAGGUCGACCAGCAAAGACCACGAAGAGUGGGAAAAUAUCGGACUACAUGAAGAAAGAUGACGUGGCUGCAAAGGCUGGUCAGGCGUCUAUCUCCGAAGCAUUAGCAGAAGAAACCCAGGAUGCAGAUGUCAAGCCAGGCGAUAUUGGUUUCCAAGAAUUGCGAUCAGCAAAGCAGCCAGAUCUCGUCACGGGAGGCUUGAUGCGUACGUAUCAACUGGAAGGACUGGACUGGCUUACUUCCUUGUAUGAGAAUGGUUUGAACGGAAUUCUGGCCGACGAGAUGGGCUUGGGCAAGACGAUUCAGACAAUCUCUUUUCUUGCGUUUCUUCGAGAGAAGGGCGUCAAUGGACCUUUUCUGAUCGCCGCACCACUGAGCACGACUAGCAAUUGGGUGGCCGAGUUCAAGAAAUGGACGCCAAGUAUUCCAGUCGUCUUAUAUCAUGGUAGCAAGCAGGAGCGUGAGGAGAUUCGUCGAAAAAAGCUACGCAACCCCGGCAGCGAGACUUUUCCUGUGAUUUGUACAAGUUACGAAAUAUGCAUGAACGAUCGAAAGUUUUUGGCCCAUUACGGCUGGAAAUUUAUCAUUAUCGAUGAGGGUCAUCGGAUCAAGAACCUGAACUGCCGCCUCAUCCGGGAGCUGCAAUCAUAUCAGUCUGCCAACAGGCUGCUCAUUACAGGAACACCUCUUCAAAACAAUCUCACGGAGCUGUGGUCGUUACUACAUUUCCUAAUGCCUAGCAUCUUCGACAAGCUCGAAUCUUUCGAGGCAUGGUUCGACUUCAGCGCCUUGAAGGAGAAGAAUGGCUACGAACAGAUUCUCUCUGCCGAUCGCCAAAAGAAAUUGGUUGCGAGCUUGCACGCGAUCUUGAAGCCAUUUCUUCUGCGUCGCGUAAAGGCCGACGUCGAGACUUCUUUGCCGAAGAAACGAGAGUACGUGCUUUACGCUCCUUUGACCCAGACGCAAAGGGAGCUUUACCAGGAGAUCCUCGAAGGCAACAGUCGGGCGUAUCUUGAGAACAAGGUUGUGGAAACACUGAGUAGAGAUUCCACUCCCGCAAGCACCAGAGGCGGGAGUCUAAAGCGCAAGGCUGCGAGCGGUACUGCCACGCCAAAUAAGUCUGCCAAGUCAAGUCGUGCAUCCACACCGGCCACCAAUGCCAGUGCCGUUGCGAGGUCCAGAAAGGCUAAGAAACAUCAGAAGUAUGAGGAAGUGUCAGAUGCUCAGUACUUCAAACAGCUUGAUGAAGCACCGUCUUCGCCAGCUGCAGAUGAUUCUGAUUCGGAAGAAGAGGAGAAUACCGAACGCGCAAAGACAUUGGCUUUGGCGAAGCGUGAGAUCUCGCAGAAGAAGCUCCAGAACCCGGUGAUGCAGCUCCGCCAAUGCUGCAACUCUCCACACAACUUCUACUACCCUUUUGAUCUAGAUGACAGCACCCCUGUGGACGAGACUUUGGUGACCGAAUCCGGGAAGAUGCUCUUGCUCGAUCGACUUUUGCCAGAACUGCUGGACAAGGGCCAUAAAGUUCUCAUUUUCUCCCAAUUCAAAACGCAACUUGACUUACUGGAGACGUACUGUAGCGAGCUUCGAAACUGGCCUGUGUCGCGUAUUGACGGAUCUGUCGCACAAAACGAUCGGCAGCAGCAGAUAUUAGACUUCAACGACUCAAAGAGUGAUACUAAUAUUUUCUUGUUAUCAACUCGCGCCGGAGGCCAGGGCAUAAAUCUUGCAUCGGCAGAUACGGUGCUGCUCUUCGACAGCGACUGGAACCCGCAACAAGACCUUCAAGCACAAGACCGCGCUCACAGAAUUGGACAGACAAGGCCUGUCAUUGUCUAUCGAUUCGCCACAAAAGGUACUGUGGAGCAGAUGUUGCUCGAGAAGGCUGACAGCAAGCGUCGUUUGGAAAAGCUGGUAAUUCAGAAAGGCAGGUUUCGCUCCGGACGAGGCGAGGGUGCAGGUGCAGACUUUGCUGAGCUGCAACGCUUGCUUGGAAAAGAUGAUGGCGAGAGAAUAGAUGUGGCAGAGGGAAAGGGUUUACUGAGUGACAACGAUAUUGCCAUCUUGACCGACAGGAGCGACGAGGCAUUUGAGCGUGCUGAGAAGGGUUUAGAUACUGUCGGAGAAAUGUUCAAGGCUGUGCAAACCAAGAAGGAUGGCGAUGGGCUGUUGGAGAGUUUGCAGAAAUAG